AAUUCCUGAGCAACCGCGCCUACAAACGUCAAACCUUCUUCUGACAUCGGCAACCAUCAGAAAAAACGAAUAAUGUCCAGGAUCAAAAUUAGCGAAUAGUAAGAAAAUGAUAACGGAUUAUGAAGGCUUACCAUUUUUCCCGAAAUACGAAACCGAUUUUCUCUACGAUGACAAAUUGAAAGUCACGUGGUUCGAGUCGAAAUUCUCACAAUCAUUCUACAAUUAUCAGAAUUCUGCGAAUGGAAGCAAUGCAUGUACGUUGAUUUGCAUUAUUUUAGCAGCGAGAUGUAACAGAAGUAGGGAAAAAUUGCCGAUUUGUGGCAACAAGGAAGUUUCCCCAAAGCUUAUAAACAUAUUUGCUAAAAGCAUGCUGGAUGGUAAUCACAUACAUAAUACGUUGAAAAAAAAGGGGAUGUUGAAAAACAUAAAUCUCACGGUUCCGGAAGCACUUUCUUUUGCUGACAAGAUGGCUUGUGGACUCAAAGAAUGGAAAUGCAUGUUAUACCUAGAACCUCUGUACACAUCGUUGUUUCAAAAUUUAAAAACGAACUGGCUGGACUGGAUCGAUGGACAUUCUCAUGAUGACCUCUAUGUUAUACUUAUAACAGACUCUAGAAGCGUAUUAUUUUAUUUCCACGAUGAGUCGGACAAUAUCGUGCUGUUUGAUUCUCACCAACAUUCUGCUGAUAAAGGAGCAUGUUUAGCAGUGGUGAAGAGGCAAAGAUUGAAGACCUUAUGUAAAUGGUUUGCAGAAACCUUGAGUGUUUGCUAUAAGUGUAACCCGCGUCUCUACGAAUUAUCCUUUCUGUAUUUUGAGCAUAAAAUCGAAAAAACAAUGUGAAAUAAGAAAAAUUUUUCAAUGUGUGGAAAAUCAAUAAAUUCCCGAAAUAAUGCUUCAA